AUGCCUCCCAAGAAGAAGAAGGCCGGGGGGCAGAAGAGGGCUCCCCGCGGCGACACCGUCCGCGGCUGCCUCAUGACGCUCGGCAUCGACGACCCCGCCGGCGCCUUCGAGGGCGCCGAGAAUCUCGAGGACGAGUUCAAGGUGAUCAAGAAGGCGUGGCACAAGAUGUGCCUCGCCACCCACCCCGACAAGGGCGGCUCCGAAGAGGAGUUCCGCGCCGUGCAGGCGGCGUUCGACGUUCUCAAGGACAAGAAGACGUCGGGCACCAUCGGAACCUUCGCCUCGUCCUCCGCGCAGAGCUCCAGCACCAGCACCGCGUUCAAGCACGCCAGCGAUGCCGCCGCGAAGGCGCACUACCCGCCCGCGGGGUACUACGAGGACAUGCGCGAGAACAUCAACGUCCCGGUGUACCGCGUCGAGCUCGCGAAGACCGACAGGUCCUCGUGCUUCACCGCCGGCCCACCAAACAAACGGGCCAGCGGCGCCGCUGGGAAAUGCAGGUUCGGACUCGGCGAGCUCUGCCACCCGGUGGUUACGGCUGCAUCGAACGUCGCCGCCGUCGGCGACGGCGCCGAGGGACCCGCGCCGAAGAAGAAGCGCGGCCGCCCUUCAAAGCCCAAACCCUCCAAGCCGGACGGUCCCAAGCUGACCGGGAAGGCGUACGUGGACUGGGCGGUCAAGAUCCCGAUGAACUCGGUUCGCGUCGGCUCCGUCGAUCCCGUCGCCGGCACGUACGGCCGGUGGUCGCACGCGCAGUGCUGGCGGGUCCCGGGGUUAAUCCACCGCGGCCUUCCCAACCCCGCGCUCGAACGAGACCCAUGCGCGUUCGAACGAGCGCUCCUCGCGAUGAACGAGGUGGCGUUUUGCGGGUUCGACGCGCUCGCGUUGGAGCAUCGCGCGAUCGUCGUCGCUCGCGUGAUGGACGUCUCGGCGUGGGCGGCUUCGACGUCGACGGCUCGAGUCGCGCCCGUCGCCGAGGCUGACGUCGUCGCCGCGGACGAGGCGUUGAACCCGCGGACACAGACACGCGCGCGAGGCAAAGGCCGGGCCGCCAAACAGGACUCUCAGACGGACGAGGAGGAACCGGCGAAAGGGGCCCACGGCCUGAAGGGGAAGAAGCGCGCGAGGGCCACGUACGCGGCGGCUGAGAAGGCGGGCAAGUCGACGACGACGGGGCCGGGGCGGGUUUGGAGCGUGGAGGAGGUUCGCGUCGCGCUCGAGGCGGCGGCACGCGCGAGGCCCGUGCCGGAGCCGGAGGUUGAGCCGGAGCCGGAGGUGAAGCCGGUCAAGGGAGGGGUCAAGCUCGAGAUCGAUUGGGCCGCCGUACACCAGGAGAUGCGCGAGAAGGUCGCGGCUGCGCCCGAACCGGCCGAGCGCAGGCCCGGGAAGGUCAAGGGGAAGGUCAAGAAAGAGGAACCGGUCGCCGCAAGCGCGCCGCCGCCGCCGCCGCCGCCGUCCGCCGCCGUCGCCUUGGUCAAGCCCAAGAAGAAGAAGCCAUCCUCCGAAGGUUUCAUCGUGCCCAGGCCCGACGCGGGACUGGCGACGGCUAACUGCCUGGCGGGCAAGACGGUUGUUCUCACGGGCGUGUUUCCCCAGCUCGGCGGCGGCCAAGGUUUGGACUUGGGCAAGGCCAGGGCCAGGGCGAUGAUCGAGUCAUUCGGCGGCAGGGUCACCGGUUCCGUCAGCGGGCGCACCGACGUCCUGCUCGUCGGAAAGGAGCCGGGGAUGUCGAAGGUUACCAAGGCUCGCAACCAGCCCGGGUGCAUGGUCUUGUCCCUGGAGAACCUCUGCGAGUUGCUCAACGCCGGGUACAUGCUCCCGGAGAAGGGCACGGCGGCGGCGGAGGAGCUCACCAAAGCCACCAAGAUCACGUCUUUCUCCGCGGGGUAUUGGUACAACGGCCAGGCGCUGAAAGCGACGAAGGCACAGCUGGAGUACGCCACCGGCGCGCACCUGAACUCGGGUUCAGCCGGGAAGAAGAAGCAGCCGAAGGAGCUGGGGUACUGGUAG